AUGAACGGAGAAGCCCAAUCCCACAGGAGCAGCGCCUCAUCCAGCUCACAGUCCCAGCGCGCCCAUAGAAGAAGAGGCAUACAGUGGGCACCCCUAAACAUAAGCCUAAAACGCCGCCUUCAAACCUUCCUCGUCCUCUGCCACACAUUAACAAUCGCCAUCUUCCUAACAGCCUUCUUCUUCACCUGCGCCAUUCCGAUCUUCUGGCCCCUCCUAGUCCCCUACUUACUCUACAUCUCGCUCUUCUCAACAGCAGCAACAUCAGGCGAACUAAAAGGCCGCAGUCAAUUUCUGCGCUCACUGCCUAUUUUCAAACUAUAUGCUUCUUACUUUCCCGCCCGUCUCCACCGUGAAGAGGAACUGCCCCCGACCAAGAAGUAUAUCUUUGGAUAUCACCCUCACGGAAUCAUCUCCCAUGGCGCAUUCGCUGCAUUCGGAACCGAGGCUUUGGGAUUCGCGAAAUUGUUCCCGGGAAUUACGAAUUCGCUGUUGACACUCGAUGCUAAUUUCCGGAUUCCGUUUUACCGCGAGUAUGCGCUUGGUUUGGGGAUCGCGAGUGUGUCACGGGAGUCGUGUGAGAAUAUUCUUACAAAGGGUGGAUCGGAUGGAGAGGGGAUGGGGAGGGCGAUUACGAUUGUCGUUGGCGGAGCGCGGGAAUCGCUGAAUUCGCAACCUCACUCACUGCGACUUGUCUUGAAGCGGCGGAAGGGCUUUGUCAAGCUCGCUAUCCGGACUGGGGCGGAUCUUGUUCCCGUUUUGGCUUUUGGCGAGAAUGAUCUCUAUGAGCAGGUUCAUUCCGAUGAGCAUCCGCUUAUUCAUAAGCUGCAGAUGUUUGUUAAGCGGACUAUGGGUUUUACGAUUCCGUUGUUCCAUGCUCGUGGGGUGUUCAAUUAUGAUGUUGGUUUGAUGCCUUAUCGGCAUCCGCUUAAUAUUGUUGUUGGGAAGCCGAUUCCUGUUAUGCAGCAGCAGAAUCGGGAUAAGAUUGAUGAUCAGUAUAUUGAUGAGUUGCAUUCCAGAUAUGUACAGGAGUUGGUCCGGUUGUGGGAUCAGUACAAGGAUGUUUAUGCUAAGGAUCGGGAGGGUGAGCUGGAGAUUGGCUCUUGA